UUCAAAUUUGUUCUGGCAACGGCUGACCAAGAUGCAUCUGCUAUUGAUAUAUUGACUCAAUGGAUCUUAUCGCUUUCAAACAAAAAUAUUGAAUUUGCUAAGAAAAGAAAAUUAUAUUCAUCAUAUUCACCUCUAAAAUUGUCUCUUAAAGAUAAAACAGAUUUUAAUGAAAGCACUAAAAAUAAACUAGUGAGUACAAGGCCUGAAAAGGAAAACAAAAUAAAAUCUCAAAAUAAAUUAAAUAAUGUUUGGAAAUUACAAGUUAAGCGUGAUGGAAAUCCUUCCGAUUUAUUAAAGAAAUCCAAACAAACCACAUUAAUGCUUCAAUCGCAAAGAGAAAAGGUGAAGAUGGAUAUUACUACUUUUAGCAGUCCAACAUCUAACAUUUCAGUAUUAAACUCGUCUAGUUUGUCUAGUCCUGAGAUGAUUAAUCUGAAAAAUUAUACAACUAAUGAUAAUAUAUGUGAAAGGAAUAUAAUUCAUAAUACAGAACUAAAUGAUUCAGUUAAUACUUCUUUAAGUAAUUUUAAUAAAAUUAUCAAACCUAGUAAAAAUUCACUGUCUAUUAUAAAAACAAAUACUAUAAAAUCAAAGGAAACAAAUACUUCACAUGAUCAAACUGAAAAACAUGAUCAUUCAAAUGAUGAAACCAAUUGCAGCCUAACAAAUGUGUCUAUGAGUGUUUUAAAUAAUGUAACAACACUUAAAAAACAAUUCAAAGUUCCUAAUGCCAAUUUAUUAGAUAGCUUUGAUAUUAUUCCUGGUUUGAAUGAUAAAAAAAAUGAUUUUCCUAAUUACAAAUUCAAAGAAGAUCCUGUUAGAAAACAUAAUGAGCGGAAGUUGUUAAAUGGUUGGGAUUGUAUGGACUGUUGCAAAUUUUAUGAAGAAAAUAAUGAUAACCCUGUAGAGGCCAAAAAUGCCAUGAAUCAUUUUUCAAGACAUCGCUCCGUUAAACACCAACAUCACGCUCCAACACCACCAGGUUUUUGGGAUCCAAUGUAAUACCAAAGGUAUAAAACUAGAACAAUAAUUGAUUUUUAUCAGCUUUCUAAUUUAUAAGCCUAAAUAACUUUCAUAAAUACUUAAAUUGUUUAAAUAAUUAAAUAAUUGGGUCUUAACAGUGUUAAGAUGUUAUGUACAAAAAAGAUAAUUUAUUAUGCCUUACAGUAAUAAAAAGUAAAUAUUCAACGUUGUGUGUCAUACAGUUAUUAAUGUAUAUAUAGAAACUACUCCCUUCUAGUGUCAAUAGUUAUAUAUAGCAUACUUACUUUAUUAAUAUUUAAUAAAUUAAUUACA